UAUUCUAAACCUCAACGAUCAAUAAUAAUAUUAUUAAAAGAGAGAGAGCGUGAGAAGAGAGAUGUCAAGGGUUUUGUCAGUCGUUUGUGUCUUGCUCGUUAUGUCAUUCGUCCAUGCACGUGCUCGUCAAGUGCCGGGUGAGUUUGAUGAGGGCAAGACGACGCCACAUGAGGACACAAAAACAACUUCCAUGCAUGCACCAGAUAAGUCACCACCAACCAGUCUCGGUGACAAAAAAUGCAUUGGACUCAUCGGUGGUCUAGGCGGCAUUGGUAAAUACGGUGGCAUAGGCGGUGCAGCUGGAAUCGGUGGCUUUCAUGGUAUAGGCGGCAUUGGCAAGUACGGUGGCAUAGGUGGCGCAGCUGGAAUCGGUGGAUUUCAUGGUAUAGGAGGCAUUGGUAAAUACGGGGGCAUAGGCGGUGCAGCUGGUAUCGGUGGCUUUCAUGGUCUAGGUGGUGUUGGCGGCCUUGGUGGAGCCGGAGGUGGUAUUGGCGGUAUAGGAGGAACCGGAGGUGGUUUAGGCGGCGUAGGCGGACUCGGUGGUGGAAUAGGUAAGGCAGGUGGCAUUGGUGGUGUCGGUGGUAUCGGCGGUGGACACGGCGUGGUUGGGGCCGUUGGCGGCGGGAUCGUUCCACAUCCUUGAAAUGACUGCUUUAGUAGAGAGUUCUUGUCGAUUAGGGUUUAGUCAAGGAAUAAGUAAUUGGUUGUCGAAUGUUAUUGUUGUUGGUCUUUUGAGGGUGAUCACUAGGGUGACUUUCGAUCCAUUUUCUAGUUUGGGUUUGUAAACGUUUGAUUUGAUUUCAGCUGUGGUGUUAUGUAAUGCGACUCUCUAUGCUUGAUCGUUGAUUAUUAGUUAUGGUUUGUUUUGGUUGA